UUGCUUGACGCGUUCGAGUGAAAAGCUCAAUGAUAAAACUAGAUAGUUGUACGAUUAGAUCAGGUUGUACCUGAUUAUCGCCGAUAGUUCACACAUGUUUUAUGGCCAAAUUACCGACUGUUUGUGAACUUAUCGCGUUCAGUGUGAGUGAGCAACUGGUAACCGCGGUCAAGUCCACUAUUGCCGACGUUUGUAGAUUAGUUGCGUUGAGUUUUCAUGCGAAACUUUCUCGCCUCAUCGCCGCCAUGGACUUGUAGCAGUAACAGGUAGAUUCAAAUAUGAAAGUUCCACUAAUAUCCGCCUGUUCUACAGCUGCAACGUUGGCUAAAUGAUAAAGAAUGAAUGCCAGACGACCGGCAAUAAUCAUCACUUUUGGAAGUUUAAUGCUGACGAUUUGGUACGUUAAUUUUCCGCCCAACCUGCAAAGACAAUGUGAGGACUGUGGAACUGAAACGGCGAGCCCGAUCCCUUCAAAUGCCGUAGAACCCAACCAGUACACGUUUAAAGACUUAGACAAACUGUUGUGCUCCAGAGAAGUUGAACCUUCUAAUGAAACGUUGCGACCUUGUCCGAAGCAUGGCAUCGCAACGAUGAUUCCCGGGGGAAGAACUGAAAUGAGCCAUUGUAGGGAACCAGAUGUGGGAAUACUCAGCCAUAUGGUUUGUCGCCAAAGAAACUGGUCGCCAGCCCUACAUUCCAACUUGCGUAAAACUUGCCCUUGAGGGCAUAUUCGAGGGCAUGUCCCUUCCAUCUCUGCAGGCCAUCGGCCACUGCCCGUUCGACCAAAGCUCCUCGGUGGACUCAAUGGAACAAUUGGUGCUCCCUCACCAAAGCAUAAUAGUGCCAGCGUUUUCUUUUGAGCGAAGACUAGCCAUUCCCCAUCUGGGCGAAGUGGUUAGGGAAUUCCAGUUCAAAAAGCCCCUACGGGACAAAGCGCAAGAGGAUCUGCGUGAAAUUGCGGCCGACUUAUUGCCUUCGGCAACCCCGACGUUCAUCGGCGUCCACGUGCGCCGAGGCGACUACGGCGCCUUUCUAAAAAGGAAAUGGAACGCCACGAUGGUAACAGCAACCUUCUUCCGCAAAUCAAUGAACUACUACAGAGCCAAAUUCUCCAACUGCCUGUUCAUCUACAUCAGUGACGACCCGCUUUGGUGCUUCCAACACUUUGGAAAUCUCAGCGAUGUCUUCGUCACGUCGCUCAACAGCCGCCGCACUCCAGCAGAAGACUUGGCCCUGAUGGCCGCCUGUAAUCACACCAUUUUCGAUUAUGGCACCUUUGGGGAAUGGGGCUCCAUUCUAGCUGGAGGCCUGGCAAUUUUCAACAACAGGGAUCAGAAUAUCAAUCCCCAUUUGCCCAACUGGAUUAUUAUGGAGUGAGGCCAAAACACGGCACAUCUCAACGCUGAGGGGACCAAUUGAAUUAUUUAUAUGUAUUUAUUAAACAACCCCAUUUUUCAACCCUAA